GUUAUUGUUUCACAAAUGUAGUUAGUAUGCUCGGAUACGUGAUAGCCUACGUGUAUUAGUUUAAAUUUUACCAUAUUCUCAAGUAUUCGUUUAACUUGAUAAUUUUAUUUUGAUUAUAACUGAAAUAAAAACCAAAUAACGUAAAAGCAAUAAUUAUGAUUACAACUCAACUUUUCCAAUACUCGCAUGUAUAAUAUUAUGUUUAUUAAAUCAGGUUUUCAGGGUGGUCAAACGUGGGAGCCGUGACAGCAGACGACCGACAUAGGAAAACGAACGGUGAACAACCUGCAGCAGCGCGCGCAGACAUGCCCAAGGAGUCAUGUGACCGGAAAGGUGACACACCGCUAGACAUACAGGAGACCGGCUGGUCGCGAACCAAGCGAGCGCUAAGCGCAAUCCACGUGGAACCUCUGUUGUGCUGUUACAUCGUGUCCCGGACGCUCUUGCUGCUGGCCACGCAGAACCUGAGCCUGCAGAAGGCGUGCUCGGUAAACCUCCAGCUUGACGACGACACGUGCGCCGCGCUGCUGGCCAAAUCCAAGACAAACGCCAGCGAGCCGCUGCACCGGUAUGAGGUGGCCACCCAGCAGCUGGUGGCCAACAUGCUCUCGUGGCAGCUGAUCGUCCAGAGCACCGUGCCGUGUGCGCUGGCCGUGUUCGUCGGGUCCUGGAGCGACCGACGCCGAAAGCGAGUGCCGUGCAUGCUCAUACCCGUUGCUAGCGAACUGGCCCGCGUCAUUGGCCUUGUGGCCUGCGUCUACUGGUUCGACGAGCUCCGCAUGGAAGUGGUCGGCGUUGUCGAGGCGUUGCCCACGUCACUGGCCGGUGGCCGGAUGGUUCUGUUCAACGCGAUGUUCAGCUACGUCUCCGACGUCACCGGUGAGGAGAAGAAAACUCUACGAAUCGGUAUAGUCAACAUACUAUCCUCAGUAGGCAUGGCCAUCGGUACAGCGUUGUCUGGUAUUACAUUUCAGAAGCUGGGUUUCUAUGGUGUGUACGGUGUAUCUUCGGUCCUAUGUUUAAUAGGUCUUCUGUAUGGUCUAGUAUUUAUAAAAGAAGUGUCACCAAAUAAACCGGAAAAUUCAAUACCACAGACACGAAAUAAUGGUCUGUUUAAUGGAUUUUUUAACGCAAAACACAUUCAAGAAGCAUUUAAAGUCACGUUCAAGGACGGACCACAAAAUCGAAAACUCAAAAUAAUCAUGUUAAUGUGUAUUGCGUUUUUAAUCAUGGGACCUUUAAACGGUGAUCUUUCCGUAUCGUAUUUGAAUACACGUGCCCGAUUCAAAUGGAACGAAGUUGAUUUUAGUGUGUUUUCUACUUUCUCUAUGAUCACUUGUGUAGUAGGUUCAGCAAUUUGCAUCAGCUUAUUUAGCCGUGUGCUUAAAAUCGAAGAUAGCUUAAUUGGAGUGGUGGCAUGUGCAGGAAAAAUUGUUGCCGGAAUAUGUUACGCUUUAGCGACGGAAGAUUGGGUAUACUAUUUAGGACCGUUGGUAGACAUUAUGGGAGGCACAAUUUUCAUAACAUCGAGAUCAAUUAUGGCAAAAAUAGUCAAACCCGAUGAAUUAGGACAAGUUAUGGCCAUUUACAGCAUCGUCGAUUCGCUUGUCCCGGCCGUGUUCGGCCCGCUAUAUACUGUGAUCUACAAAAAUACAGUGGAUACGUUACCCGGAGCGUACAGUUUAAUAGGAUCAACUUUAGCCAUACCGGCGACUAUGAUAUACUUCUGGAUGUACAAAGAUAGCAAACUAUCUCAGAAAAUCGAUGAUAAAUCUGUUGAAAUUGAGAAUACCAAACUUUGAAGCUUGAUGUAAUGAAAACCACAAGGAAAUUGUCAGUUGGAUUAAUCAUCACUAAAAGUUAAACAUGAUGAAAAUCAUAAACGUGGAAGCAUCGAGGAAAGAUAUAUCUUACUUGUUUUUAUUAAAAAUAAAAUAAUAACAUGUUGUAUAGUUAUAAAGAUAAAUAAUAAAGUUUCGUACUUGAUAGCCAAA